UCUCUUAUUUGUUAACGAAUGAAGCUGUGACAGUGGGAUGUCCCACACAGUUUUUGUGUAGGGAUUGAACAAAGACGAGUGUUGAGCUGCAAAGGUAACAAAGCCUCUAAAAAAUCAGCAGAUGAUUGAAAGCAGAAGCAUGGAAGAGAAAAUCCUGGAUGUGAACAGAGACAGCUGCAGUUUGGACACAAAGUUAUAUUUAGAGGUUACUACUGGGCCAGCCUGGCCAUAGAGGCUUCAUUGUACACAUUCUUACUGACAGUGGUUGCAUUUACCUCUGCAUCGAUACUGCUUCCCUAGCCAUGCAUCCCCAGCGUCCUCUUCCCCAGGCCAUGCCCUCGUCCUCGCUGGGGCAGCAACUGCGGGACAUUACUAUGGGUCUGGGACGAGGCAAGAACUUCCUGGGAGGAAACUUUGGUUAUGGUUUCAUCCAGUCUGUUAAGGAAUGCCUUUAUUUUCUCCUCUGCUGCUGGUGUAUCAAGGAGAUACUGGACUAAUAGCUAUAGAUAUGUAUUUUGCAUAUUUAUCAGUUGGUCUGUGCAAUGCUGUUUCAGUUUGCAUUUGUUAGAAGCGUAUGAGGAACAUUCUUUGAUAGCUGAGGUUAAGAUUACGGUGUGAGAAGCAAAGCUCAGGAUGCUGUUUGACUGGGUUCGAGAAUUUGGAGAACAAGUGUGAAGAUCUGGGAUUCUUCGAUCAUGCAGACUUGAUUUUCCUUGAAGUGACAAUAAAUAAAC